AUGGAAGAGUACUCGAAGUCACUUUCAUCUCACGAAAAAGCACUUGAAAUUGAACAAAAAACUCUUCCUUCAAAUUAUCCUUCAUUGGCUAGGUCAUACAACAACAUCGGUUUGGUGUCUAACAAGAUGGGAGAGUACUCAAAAGCACUUUCGCUUUACGAAAAAGCAUUUAAAAUCUAUCAAAAAACUCUUGCUCCAAAUCACCCUAAUUCGGCUACUUUAUACAACAACAUCGGUUUGGUGUAUGGCAGCAUAGGACAAUACUCGAAACAACUUUCAUUUUACGAAAAAGCACUUAGAAUUUGGCAAAAAACUCUUCAUUCAAAUCAUCCUUCAUUGGCUACUUCUUAUAACAACAUGGGUAGUGUGUAUGAAAAGAUGGGAGAGUACUCGAAAGCACUUUCGUUCUAUGAAAAAGCACUUGAAAUUCGACAUAAAACUCUUCCUUCAAAUCAUCCCGAUUUGGCUAAUUCAUGCAGCAACAUCGGUAUGGUGUAUUACAAUACGAAAGACUAUUCGAAAGCACUGUCAUAUUUUGAACGUGCUCUGGACAUAUGGCAACGUACACUACCCCCAACCCAUCCUAAUAUAGAAACUGUGAAAUGGAAUAUUGAAAUUGUAAAAAAGAAAUCAAGAGAAAUAAGCGAUAAAUAA